AUGACCGUCUGCCUCGACCAACUCUCCCAGCAUCUCCUCCUUGCGUCUCACUCUGACUAUCACUGCUCACGCAAACGAUCCCCUCUUCCCACCCCGUCCCAAGCCACUUCCUACCUCCACCCCCAAGGCUCAACCAUCCCCCACGUCCCAUGCCCCACCAAGCGCCCCCAGUCCCAAACCAAGGCAGGCCAAGCUGCUCCCUCGUCCUCCAUGGUGCAGCUUGACCAACCUCUCCCUAGUUGCCUCCUCUUUCCUCCCCUUCUGCUCCCUUACCCCCACACCAUCCCCCCUUCCCAAGUAACCCCAGGCCCCCCUACUCCUCCCAAACAGGCCAAGCCGCACGCCCUCCUGGGUGCAGCUUGGCCAGCCUCUCCCACUAGACCUGCUCUCAUCUGCAGCUUGGCCAGCCUCUCCCCACUAGCCCUGCUCUCAUCUGCAGCUUGGACAGCCUCUCCCUGCUAG